AUGGGCAAACGCAAAGAACUAACACCGUCUACCCGGUCACGAAUAUGUAGUCUGCGCAAUGAUGCCAAGAUGUCUUUUAACGAGAUUGCCAAGCAUUUCCCGAGCAUCCCUCGAUCCACAAUCAUAUCAACCUGCAAACGCGAGGCCAUCCGCGGUCGAGAAAACAAGACAUUAGAGCGCAGUGGACGCCCUCCAAUCUUAUCCGAAGCAGAGCGAAAUCGCAUACGCGAUCACCUCCAACAACAUCCAGGUGCGCUCUAUCGCGAUCUGCUUGAGGUGGUCGAUUAUAAAUGCUCACGCGAAACCCUGCGCCGCAUAUUGAAAGAUAUGGGCCUCCACAAAGACUUCAAGAAGAGGGUCUUGCCCAAGAAGCCUAAUGCAGUAUGUUCUCGAGUAUGGGUGCUCGAGUAUCACUGCUGUUGUUUGAGAAGAUCCUGCUCCGUGUUGAAAUGGACUGGUCGAGCGUAA